GUAGUAUCAGAGUGAGAUGAGCUCGGGCAGCACAGAGCCGACACUCGGGGACACGGAAAGUUUUGUGCACACACACUCACUCACUCACACACACACAUGAUUGUAUACCAGGAAGGAACUUGUGUACGGACUGGGUGGUGAGGAAGGAUAUAGGAUAGCAGGGCACAGCAGCAUCCAUCUCUGGUGUGUGGGUGACAGUCCUGCUGCUUGGCUUGUCACUUUCCUCCAACUUUCAUCAGGACUGAAGGAAGAAAGCUGUGACUGUGAUCUGAUUGGUGACAAGUGACUGGCACCAGGGGAGCAGAAAGGAUGUUAUCGCAUUGGUACACAUUAUUGGUUCUACUACCAAUCUGCUUGAAAUCCCAGAAACUUCCGACUAGAGAUGAAGAACUGUUCCAAAUGCAAAUUAAAGAGAAAUCAGUUUUCCACGAUUCAUCCAUAGUACCUGAUGGAGCAGAGAUUGGUGGCUACCUGUUCAGAGACAAUCCUAAAAGGUACUUCUUUGUAGUGGAGGAAGAUAAUACACCUCUGUCUGUUAUUGUUACACCCUGUGAUGCUCCUCUGGAAUGGAAACUGACUUUACAGGAACUUCCUGAGGAAGCCAGUGGGGAAGGAUCAGGUGAGCCUGAACCUUUGGAGCAGCAAAAACAACAGAUUACGAAUGAAGAGGGCACCGAGCUGUUCUCAUAUAAAGGAAAUGAUGUGGAAUACUUUGUGUCUACAAGCUCUCCUUCUGGUUUAUACCAGCUGGAAUUAAUUUCAACAGAAAAGGACACCCAUUUUAAAGUUUAUGCCACUACAACUCCCGAGUCAGACCAGCCUUACCCAGAGUUACCAUACGACCCGAGAGUUGAUGUGACAUCGCUAGGACGCACCACAUUAACAUUAGCAUGGAAACCAACUCCUACAUCCUCUGUUUUAAAACAGCCAAUCCAAUACUGUGUUGUUAUCAACAAGGAACACAAUUUUAAAAGUAUGUGCGCAGUCGAAGCCAAGAUCAAUGCUGAUGAUGCUUUUAUGGUAGCUCCUAAGCCUGGUUUAGACUUCAGUCCCUUUGACUUUGCCCACUUUGGGUUUUCAUCAGAAAAUGAUGCUGGUAAAGACCGCAAUUUCAUGUCAAAAACCUUAUCCACAAAGACAGUACGUCAACUAACUGCCAAACCAAAGCCUGACCUUCAAAAGGUAUGCAUUGGGAACAAAAACAUAUUUACAGUUUCUGAUCUGAAGCCUGACACCCAGUACUACUUUGAUGUGUUUGCAAUAAACUCAGCCACAAAUAUGAGCACUGCAUAUGUCGGAACAUUUGCUCGAACCAAAGAAGAAGCCAAGCAGAAAACAGUAGAGUUGAAGGAUGGAAAAGUUACUGAUGUGUUCAUAAAAAGGAAGGGCACUAAAUUUUUAAGAUUUGCCCCAGUUUCUUCCCAUCAAAAAGUCACUUUUUCAGUUCACUCUUGCCUGGACACUAUUCAGAUCCAAGUCAGAAGAGAUGGAAAACUUAUUCUGUCACAAAGUGUAGAAGGUGUGCGCCAGUUUCAACUGAGAGGAAAACCAAAAGCGAAAUACUUGAUUAGGCUAAAGGGAAGCAAAAAGGGUGCCUCUAUGCUCAAAAUCCUGGCAACAUCGAAAUUUAACAAGCAGCCUUUCCCUUCACUUCCAGAAGACACACGAAUCAAAGCCUUUGACAAACUGCGCACAUGCACUUCUGUUACAAUAGCAUGGCUGGGAACGCAGGAGAGAAAUAAAUAUUGCGUUUACAAAAAAGAAGUGGAUGAUGACUACAACGAAGACCAGAAGAAACGAGAACAAAACCAAUGUUUGGGGCCUGACACCAGAAAGAAAUCAGAGAAAGUUCUCUGCAAAUAUUUCCACAGUCAAAACCUGCAUAAAGCAGUCACCACAGAGACAAUCAAAGGACUUGAAGCUGGCAAGUCUUACGUCUUGGAUGUCUAUGUCAUGGGUCACGGAGGCCAUUCAGUCAAAUAUCAAAGCAAACUCGUAAAAACAAGAAAGUUCUGUUAGAGUUCCUGUGAACUUGUAUGACAAACAUAUCCUACAAGGAGCAUACUUACUAACUACUUGUGCAGUCAAGCGGUUGUGACUUGUACACAGUACCUGUAGCAGCGUAGAAAGGUAUCAACUUGUAUACUUCUGUUUACAUAUCAAAGUGGUUGCUUCUAAAUGGUAAUCCUGCUGCUUCUCCAGAACUGAAAGACGUAUAUAUACUCAUAGGUCUGAGACCUGAUAUCAGACACACACACGGUAGAUGAAGUAACAGUGGUAAUGGAUACAAAAGUACGAAGGACAACUUUGGUAGUGUCAUACAGUGCAUGAACUGCCUCUAAAUUAUUUUACUAAAUACAUGGCCAAGGCAAGUCCCCUGGUUCUAUUCAUGCUCACACAAUACAAUCUAGAAAUGAUAGACUAUGUGUAAAUUAUUUUAUAAAGUCUUGUCUGAAAUGUUUAUGUUGUAUGUAAACUACAAAAUCAUUCCUUACCUAAUACAGAUCAAAUACUAAGUAUUAACUGGACCUAUCUUUAUUCUUCUUUGCCUAUUGUACAUUCCUACUAGACUGGUUUAUUUUUUAAAUAUGUAUUGUAUGUAUAAAGUUGUCAAGCAUAUAUUUCUGUACAUAAAAAAAAUUGAAAGUAUAAAA